AUGGCGUCUGAUACUGACAAACUUACGACGACGGUCGUGCCGCUUAAUCCACGGCCAGAGGUUCGUCAAGCUUUGUUGACGGUCAUCAUCUUCUGCGUCUUGAUUGCCGUCUGGUCUGCGCUCCGGUUAUAUGCGCGACGGGUGCGACAUACGCCCCUAAACGUCGAGGAUACCUUGUUCUACGUCUCUGUGGCUGCCUAUUAUGGCAUGGUAGUGGCGUUUUUCUUGCUGCUGUAUUUUGGUGGCGUUGGCUAUCAUAUGAAUCAAUUGGGCAAAGGCCACGUCGCAAGGUUGACACAAAGCAUGUUGGCCGUUCAAGGCUUGUACGGUCUUUCAAUGUGCACAAGCAAAUGGAGCAUUCUCUGGAUGCUUAAGCGCGUCUUCGCAGUUCGUAUGUUUUGGAUUUGCACUUGGAUUAUCAUCGUUGUCCAGGCAGCGUGGAUGAUCAUGACACUCCUCAUCGGCUUGUUGAUAUGCCGUCCCGUCCAAAAGAAUUGGGAUCCUACAGCUGAUGGCACAUGUGGGGAUCAAAUUGCAGGCUAUACCGCCGUCAGUAUCAUCAAUGUCAUCGUCGAUGUGGCAAUGUGCCUUCUGCCUAUCCCUGUGAUUUGGGGCUUGCAGGUCAAGAAACCGUACAAGAUGGCACUUUUUGGCAUAUUUGGCAUUGGCCUUAGCUCUGUCGUCUUUGCCAUCAUCCGUUUAGUCUCCCUUCGCAAAAUCGAUUUCGACGACUUCUCCUAUUCCGUACCCGAAGUAAUAACGUGGACAUAUGCUGAGUGUGGUGUCGUUAUUCUCGUUGCGUGCUCCCCUCUGCUGCGACCAAUAUUCGACAAGCUUUUCCGACGCUUUUUGUCCAGCGCGAAACGAACCGACCAAUAUGGACCGUCGUACGAAUCGCGAAACUUUCAAAAUUCGGCCAACACUGCUCCCAAGAUGGGAUCAAAAAUGAGAAGCGGGUUUAUGACCGUGGGGGAGUCCGAAGAGAGUCUGGAGCUCGGUGACAUCAGAAGCGAGGGUCGUAUCCAGUCAAGGGCGACGGCAUCAAGAGAACCUAGGCCGACGGACGGGAAAGUUGGCACUUGGUCACCAGAAAAAGACCUCAAGAUGGGUAUAAUGGUAGAAAAAGAGGUUUCACAGACUGUGAAGCUGGUAAAGUAG